ACCAGGAACUCUCUAUUUGUGACAGUUUACUAAAGAACUUGAUCAGUACCAUAAUUGAAACAAGUUGUGUUGUUUUUGUUCUGAGCGAGAGUGUCGUAAAAAUGAAAGAUAUGACGAGGCUUACAGUUUUCAUUUUAGUAACUGUGACAUCAUCAGUCUUUGCUGCACCUGCAGAUAACGAUCAACUUGAUAAGAGAACUCCCAACAACGGCUUUUUCAUCAAUGCAGAAAAAGAGGUAUUCAGAUCCCAUAGAGAACUGGGAUACCAUUUCGAUAAGGCCACAGUGAAUGACGUAGCCGUAAACACAGUAUCUGAGGAGAAAAAGGUUAGUCAAACCGUACAAGGAGCAAACCCACCCGCAUCCACUGUAGAAAUAAGCGGAAUUACGACAGGGGCUAAUGCACCUCCAUCACCACCAGUAGAAAACACCCCCUUCAAACCUCAGCGGGCGGGAUCUAUGUUCGCCAGAUUCAAUUCCCAUAACUGUCCUCCAGAAUGUAGCAAGACUCAUCACGAAUCCAUUCACUCAAAAGAAACCAGAUGUAGUUGCCACUGUGUCUUAAGUUUCUUAUAUCAUUUUAUGUUCAUUUGUUGAUUUUUGUAUUCAUUAUCUUUCAUUCAUGUGAUGUUUUGUAUAUAAUUUAUUUUCCGUAAACAGAAGCAAUAUUAUGUAUUUUGAUUAAUAAAACGUUGACCCAAGAAACGAGUUGGUAUAAAA